AAAUCCUGCCGCUAAUGUUGCGCAAUCAACGGGACUUGAAGGCUUUGUUCGAUGAGUUUUCCGUGUUUUUCGACAAAAACGACUUCUAUUGUUAUGUGAUAUUCAUGAUGAAUAAAAAGACAUCAAUGCAACUGCGACAGGAGCAACGCGAAUGGUUGCAGAAUGUCCAAAAUCAAAUUAACGACAAAUUGGGCAUUGACAGCUUUCUUGUGCAGCCCGUGCAAAGACUGACCAGAUAUCCGUUGUUAUUGCAGCAAUUUAUAUCUGAAUUCUACAAAAGCGGCAUUAGCUGCAAGCCAGUACUGGCGUCUGUGUGCAAGUUGGAGACACGCAUGCGACGCCUACUCGAAGUGGUCAAUCAGGCUGAAGAAGUGGCAGCCAUAGACGAGCUAGCAGAGCUCAACCUACCCGCGCAGGGCUACUUCCGUCGCGCCACCGAAUUUGAGGCGUAUCAUCAUCGUUCGCGCAAGAAAUACACCGCCAAGGUGUUCCUCUUCGAUCGCUGCCUCAUCUGCACAGAGGUGCGCAAGCGACGACUUGCCUAUCGUCAUCAUUACGCUUGGCCAACGCUGGAGCUGCAAUUGAAUGGUAGUAAGAGCAUAACGGUGUUACUGCGCGGUAGCGGUGCAGCGAGUGCGGCUAGCGGUGCCAAGGAAGAGUACGAAUUCACAGCGCAGGAAGCGAGCGCGGUGACGCAGUGGAUACGCUGCGCGCGAAAAAUUAUUGAAAUCGAACGUGUGGAGGCGGCGAUGCGGGGAAAAUUCUCACUGCCAAUGGAUUUGGUGCUCGGUGUGGGAAUGGCGAUAUGGUUGAUAUGGAAUUAUUUACCUUAGUUUGCAAAGCUGCGGCUUUAUAGAUGUAUAGUACAUAAAUUUAGGUACUUUUUCGAAAAAUAAUGGGGGACUAAUAACUCGAUUGUUCGAGGGAUUUUAAAGAUUUAAAUUUAAUUACAUGAAAAGUUGUUUAAGAUUACACGAAGAACAAAAAGAAAUAUACUUAAGUUAUUUUUGAAGACAUUAAGAUACGUAUGUGUAUACAUAUUUUUUGAUAAAAGCUCUUAUUUGCUAUAAUUAACAGCUACUUUUUGUCGGAAGUUAGUCGCUAACAGACAGUCAGCAAAACUUUCAAUAGGCGAAAGACAAUAAAA